AUGCCGCCCGACGCAGUGAUUCGGCUGGUGCUGGAUGCCGGUUUGCUGGGCCGCGGCGGAGCGUUCUUCCCGGCGGCCCGCAAGUGGCAAGCGGCCCGGGGAGUCGCCGCCCAACGGCGUCAUCUGGUGGUCAACGCCGAGGAAGGCGAACCGGGCGUGUUCAAGGACCGCCACCUCAUGGAGGGCAAUCCCCACCGCAUUGUCGAAGGCGCCCUGAUCGCGGCCUACGCCGCCGACGCUGCCAACGUGGUCAUCUACGUUAACGCGGAAGCAAACCUGUCGGCGGAGCGAAUGUCCCGGGCCGUUGCUGAUGCCACAACCGGCGGACUCAUCGGCGACAACAUCCUGGGCAGCGGUUUUGGAUGCACGGUAAGCGUCCGGCGCGGUGCGGGCGGCUACGUGUGCGGGGAGGAAACCACGCUGCUGAACACCAUCGAAGGCCGCCGCCGGGAGCCGCGGUUGAGGCCGCCCUUCCCCACCGACGCCGGCCUCUACGGCGAACCGACCGUGAUCAACAACGCCGAAACCCUGUGCAACGUGCCCGCCAUCCUCACCGGUGGAGUGCGUCGGUUCGCCUCGGUCGGCCUGGACGAAGCUCGUGGCACUCGGCUGGUGUCGCUCAGCGGCGCGGUGAAGCGGCCUGGAAUGGCGGAAGUGCCCAUGGGAACCACCGUGCGAGAGGUCAUCGACCAGGUUGGCGGCGGCGUGGCGGCGGGUCGAACACUGGGAUUUGCGGCCGUCGGGGGGCCGUCCAGCGGCAUCCUGCCCGCCGCCGAGCUGGAUGUGCCGUUGCGCCCCGGAAAUCUUCACCCGAGCGGUGUGGUCAUGGGCGCCGGCGGCAUCACAGUGUUCGACGACCAGGCAUCGCCAGCGCAGGUGGCCGCGCGCCUGGCCGCUUACAACGCCGCCGAGUCCUGCGGCAAAUGCACCCCCUGCCGCGAAGGGACUCCCCGCAUCGCAGCAGCGUUGCAACGCAUCGCCAACGGCGGCGAAACCGGCAGCGACCGGUCGGAUUUACAAGACCUGGCCGAAAUAGUCGGCGCAGCAUCCCUGUGCGGCCUCGGUCAGAUGGCCGGCAACCCGGUUAACAGUUUCCUACACUUCUACGGAUCGACGGUCUACGGCUCGACGGCAAGCACCUGA